AUGCCACGUUCUUCUCGUACGGGUCAGUUGCAAUACGAUCCUGAGAUUGAGAAGACUGCAAAAAAGUUAAGGAAGGAGACUAGAUUGCGUAAAAACAAAGUGGUUUCUUCAACAUCUGUUCAAUCAACUACCACAACUGAAUCAAUUGCAUCUUGUUGCGAUUCUGAAAAAGAGCAAACAAUGGCCGAAGAACGAGCCGUAGCUGAAGAACAAAGAACUUUAAGGGAGCUUUCUGCACCGAAUUUAAAUCAACAACCGCUUUGUAUUCAACAUCCUGCCUUAGAGGUUGGUUUUGAAUUAAGGUCAGGUUUGAUUCAACUACUCCCAACAUUUUGUGGUCUUGAAAAUGAAGAUCCACAUAAGCACCUAAAGGAGUUCCACGUGGUGUGUUCGAGCUUCAAUCCUCAAAGAGUGACGGAAGAUCAAAUUAAACUACGUGCUUUCCCAUUCUCAUUAGCCGAUAGAGCAAAGGAUUGGUUAUUUUACCUUCCUUCAGGUUCAAUCAACACAUGGGAUGAAAUGGUAAGACUAUUUCUUGAAAAGUUUUUCCCAGCAUCACGAGCUGCUAGGAUUAGAAGGGAAAUAUGUGGCAUCAAGCAAAGAGACACAGAAACUCUCCACGAGUACUGGGAACGCUUCAAGCAAUUGUGUGCUAGUUGCCCUCAACAUGGAGUUUCUGAACAACUCCUAAUUCAAUACUUUUAUGAGGGAUUGCUUCCCAUGGAAAGAAAUAUGAUGGAUGCAGCCAGUGGAGGUGCUAUAGUGAACAAAACUCCUUGUGAAGCUAGAGAUUUGAUAUCCAUAAUGGCUGCCAAUUCACAACAAUUUGGAUGCAGACAGGACACAACUUCUAAAAGAGUGAAUGAGGUGAACAUUUCUUCCCUUGAGAAUCAAGUAUCUCACUUAACUACUCUUGUUCAACAAUUAGCUCUAGGAGGUACACAUCAGGUAAAAGCUUGUGGGAUAUGUGCUGCUACUGGACACCAAACCGACAUGUGUCCGACACUUCAAUAUGAUUCUUGUGAGCAAGCUAAUGCAAUUGGAGGGUUUCCAGGCCAACCACAAAGAAAUUAUGAUCCCUAUUCAAAUACAUACAACCCAGAAUGGAGGGAUCAUCCAAAUUUCAGCUACAAGCCACGUCCACAGUUUCCACAAUUUUCACAGUUUCAGCCUAGACAACCCAUUCAACAACAACCUCCAUCUUCACAACAACCAUCUUCUAAUUCAAGUAUGUCAUUGGAGGAUAUUGUUAAGUCACUUGCCACUAACACACAACAAUUUCAACAACAAACACAACAAUUUCAGCGAGACACACAACAAUUUCAGCAACAAACACAACAAUUUCAGCAAGAAACAAGAACAAGUAUUCAACACUUGGAAAGUCAGAUGAGCCAGCUAGCUUCUACUGUGAGUAGAUUGGAGUCUCAAGGUAAGUUGCCCUCACAAACUAUUGUUAAUCCAAAACAAAAUGUGAGUGUUUUUACCCUGAGAAGUGGAAAAGAGUUGGAAGACCAUACUCAAGUGCAAAAAACACCCAACCGAGAUGAGGAAAAUGAAAAAGAGGUCCAUCAACCUCAAAAUGAUCAAAAGCUUGUCAAAGAACAUCCAAAGUCUUUGGUAAUUCCUCCUCCUUUUUCUAGUAGGUUGGCCAAAUCCAAGAACGUCGAAGAAGAAAAAGAAAUACUUGAGACAUUUCGAAAGGUCGAGGUAAAUAUUCCUUUACUUGAUGCUAUUAAACAAAUCCCUCGAUAUGCUAAGUUUCUUAAGGAGUUGUGCACAAAUAAAAGAAAGUUGAAAGGCAAUGAAAUGGUAAGCAUGGGAGAAAAUGUUUCAGCUAUUUUACAAAAAAAGUUACCUCCUAAAUGCAAAGAUCCAGGUAUGUUCACUAUCCCUUGCAAAAUUGGAAAUGUUAAUGUUGAAAGAGCAAUGUUAGCUCUAGGAGCUUCAAUUAAUGUGAUGCCUUUAUCUAUUUAUUCAUCUUUGAAUGUUGGCUCCUUAAAAGAAACUGGUGUAAUUGUUCAACUUGCUGAUAGAUCGAAUGUUUAUCCUGUCGGGGUUCUAGAGGAUAUUUUAGUACAAGUUGAUGGAUUGAUUUUUCCUGCUGAUUUUUAUGUGCUAGAUAUGGAAGAAGACAAUUCUCCCAAUUCCUCAUUGAUCUUAUUAGGAAGGCCAUUUUUGAAAACAUCUAAAACUAAAAUUGAUGUACAUGAUGGUAUAUUGACAAUGGAGUUUGAUGGUGACAUUGUUAAAUUUGAUAUAUUUAAUACUACCAUGAAACAUCUGAAUGGCAUGUCAUCUGUUUUUGUUGUGGAUAUUUUAUUGCCAGAAGAUAAUUGUCAUUUGACUGGUGGUGAUAAACCGAAUGUUGCGUUGCAUAGAAAUCCUAACUUUGAGGAUGUGCUUGGAAGAAAAUGGCGUCUAGCCAAAGACGUUAUCUCUGGGGUUGAAAAUGUUGUGUUACGUAUGCUUGUUCAUGAUAAUAAAUUGGUAGAGGAGGUAGUGAGUACGGGAAAGAACGUGGGUAGGGAAAAUGGUAGUUAUGAUGGUAUUGAGGUGGUGGGUAUAAAGGUUGGGGUGAUGAAGGGUAGUAGGGAUUUCUUCCGUAUGGUAUAUGACUGUGGUAAGCUUGAUCAUUAG